CAAAAAGCUAGAGGGUUCCUCGAGAGGGAGAAGCGUACCCGGCAGCUCCGCUCCGUCAGUCCGUCCGCCCCCAAGAAUGUCAGACGAGGCCAGGCGCGGGCCCGCGGGCGCCGCGCAGGUGGUGCUUCGGGCCUCCUCCGAGGACCGCAAGCCGGUGGGCUCGGGGUCUCCGCCGCCGGCAGCGACCGCGACUGCGGUUGCGCACAAGAUCCAGCUCAAGAGUGCCGACAUGAAGGAGGAGAUGCGGCAGGAGGCCUUCGAAAUUGCUCGCAUCGCAUUCGAGAAGCACAGUAUGGAGAAGGACAUCGCGGAGUACAUAAAGAAGGAGUUCGACAAGAACCACGGCCCCACCUGGCACUGCAUCGUCGGCCGCAACUUCGGUUCUUACGUGACGCACGAGACAAACUACUUUGUAUAUUUCUACAUCGACUCUAAAGCUGUCUUGCUAUUCAAGUCUGGGUGAUUGUCGCAGCCAAUACAGUCAACCUUGCAUGCCUACAUUUUCUUUCUCUCAUGUAUGCUCCAUCCCCUCCCCUUUCCCCUCAGAGUCGUCUGCAGCCAAGCCUGGAAGCCGGUAAUCUUAUGAGCCUGCAUGUUGAUGUAUCAGCAACGGAUUAUUCUUCGCAUGCCAUAGUGUGAGAUCAGGUUGCAUCUUAUUUAUGUCUGAUAUAUCUUGGUGUUGUGAGUACAUUAUCUUGUUGCAUUAUGAUUGCCGGACAACUGG